GGUUCACCCGGUGUAUGUAUAUUUCUAUUCCUUGUGUGGAUGUAUGAUAUGCAUGGUGGAUGAUUGUGGCUAUAGUUUAUUUGAUUAUAAUACGGCCUGCGUGUCGUGCCUUAUCUUAUAAACUCUUGUUGUAAAUCUAUUUCUCUCCCUUACCUCAACCGAGGAUUCUUUUCUCACGUGGUGGUUAGAAGACGAAAAGAUUUGAAGACUGUUUGAAAAAAUCUAAGAGAAUGGAGAUAGCCCGAAGUCCAAGUGACCGGAAGCCAGUGGGAGCUAUCGUUUUAUUUUUCUUUUAAGGGCCACAAUCAUUACACGUUUAUUUACUGCGUUUUGUGAAUGCAUGUUGAAUGUAUGUUGAACACUAGUAAUGGACAUGUGCGCGGCCAUGUCGAUAGGUGAGAUCGAAAUUAUAAAUCCCUCACGAAUAUUAAGUCUGUUGCCUUCUGACGCCCGGCACCUAUCCAGCUAAUGUGCAUUGUCAUGUACUCAGCCUCAGCAGAGCAUAGUACGGUGUAUGUUAAGCUGGUUACGGGAACCGCCAUAGCGUGGUCGCUGUCGCACAUGGCAAACAACAACAACCCUUUCAACCUGCGAUAUGUUCUAGAAAAGGAAAAAUUAUCUGGAACCAACUUUCUUGAUUGGGAGAUGAAUCUUAAGAUUGUUCUCAAAUGCGAGAAAAAGCUCUACGUCCUUACCUCUAAGCCUCCCAAAACUCCUGAAGCGAACGCCCGUGCUGCAGAAAUUACUUCGUACAAGAAGUAUGAAGAUGACGCACGUGAUGUGAGAUGUCUCAUGCUAGCCACCAUGACUUCGGAGCUCCAAAGGCUCCAUAAGGACAUGGAAGCUCAUCCUAUGAUGACUCGCUUGAAAGGUCUAUACCAAGGCCAGGCUAGACAUGAGCGUUUCAAAAU